CAAGCUCUUGCAAUUGUUGUUUUGCUCGUCCGAGAUUUCAAGUCAUCUUCAACAUUCGUCCGAACUUUCUUCUACAGGUAUAUUCUCAACUCUUUUCCUUGAUUGCACACAUAUUUUAAGAAAAUGGAUUCGUCCUCUUCCUCGAACAAUUUCGGCCGCUCAAGGGUUGGUGCUAACCCUAGAACAGAGGGCCUAACUUCUUCGGCAUCUUCUAGAGUUGGUCCUAUCUUGGCCGGGCAUGCAUUCUUUAUCUUUAGCCAUGGACGGCAAAGUCAGACGACCCAGUCUUUACCUGUGCAGGGUAAUCUGGCGCGCGUCAAGCAAACGGCUCGCAUCAGAAGAGGGGUAACCAUGCCGGCCUCUAGCUCUGAAAGGGAGGAAUCAACUGGGCGAAUUCCAGCCGAAGGAGAACGAGAGACCCAAAGCGCUCGUCCUGCCUACCAAACUCUUUCUCCUGAACAUGCCGAGGAGGAACCAGAAAUCAGGGGCUCCCCAGAGGUCAGCCCGUCCAUACAUAGGACGAUCUCAGAUGAGCCGAGGACGGCUAGCUCUUCUGACCCUGCUAGUGGCUCAGAGGAGCCAUCAACCACUUCGUCUGAAAUAAGACGGCGGCUAGGUCCCCUUUCUGACCCUAGGUUCAUCCUGGCCGAUAACUCAUGGCUGGGACGAUUAGGCUCGGACCUUAGACCUUUUUCAGUGGUUAUGCCCAUGCCUGGCUACCACUUUGUCCUUCCCGGCCGAGAGGACACUAUUUUCAGUGCUCCUCCCGGCCAUUUUGCAGUUUAUCGGCUGGCAUUAGAUGCCGGCCUGCGCUUUCCCCUUCACCCUUUCAUCAGCCAACUUCUUCAGUAUUACGGCAUAGGACAUAAUCAGCUUGCCCCUAACUCUUGGCAAAACAUCCUUACCUUUCUGGCCGUCUGCAAUUUAAAGGGAAAGGACCCUUCUCUGGCCGCUUUCACCCAUAUUCACUACGUCGCCAAGGUCCCUAGGACCAUUGAAGGAAGCUGGCUGAGCGUGUGCAACCGUCAAGGAUUCUUGACGUCUUGGGAUAAGACUUCCAAGAUGCACUCAUGGAAGGGCGAGUUCCUCUUUGUCCAGGCGCCCAGUAAAGCGGUGGCAAACCGUCUUCGGUAUUUUAGCCGGACAACCACAAAUACUGGACGGAUGGCCUCAUACCUGGAACUGGAGAGUAACUCUGCCGAAGAGAUGGUGGAGUACUUCCGGGUUUCGGAGUAUACUAUGGAAGAUGUUUCUUUCAAGGGUCCGUCCAAUUGGAUUCCUUUUAAGGAAAUGUUUUACCAUGACAACUUCCUAGUCGCUGCCGGCUUACGGCAGGACGAGGACAGAGAUUCAGCCAGGAGCAAACUAAGGAAGUCUUGGAUUGGAGACAUGAGCUCGUCCAGAUUUGCGGAUACUCUAUGGAAGGAGUACAGUAAGUCAGGUGCCGAAAAGAGGGCCGACACUCUGAAAAAUGCCCCAACUUCUAAAGCUUUGGCCGAGAAAGCCGCCGCAAAGAAACGGCCGGCCGGCACCAGUGAGGCUCCUCCCUCAAAAAAGGCCAAGGGCUUUACUGCUAAGAAGAGGAAGACCACACGGCCGGUUCCCAAGGUCGUCAUCGAGCUACCGGCCAAGGAGGAGGCCAAAGAAGAGCCGGCUGAAGCCGACUCCCGGGCCCUCGUGGCCUAUACUGGUCCGGCUGAGCAGCCCACACCUUCACAACCUGACGAGGUUGUCAUAUUGGAGGAUGCUGGACAAUCUUCUCAGCCGGACACGGCUGUGGACGGUUCCGCCUUUUCUGGGCCUGUGGCCCAACUCGUAGGCCAGAUGCCGGCUGCGUAUAGGACGGCUUCCCGUUCCUCUGAUAAAGGGAAGGGUCCAGCUGUUGACGGCUCCCCUAGCCUCUCUGACGAUGAAUCUUCUCCAGCUUUUGGAAAGAUGUCUUCGUCCGAUCGUGAGAAGCUCAAGACGGAGCUGUUUAAGUGCUUUCCCGAACCUUAUAUCAAGGGGUUAAGGGGAGCAUCGUCUGGGCAUGUAGGUUACAUGUCUCAGCUUGCUGCCGAGCUUUUUGCUCGCAGCAUGAUAACAGAGGACUGGGCAAAGGAGCUCAGAAAAGAGAAUAAGAAGCUCGUCCACGAUGUGACGGCGGCUGCUGAUCAUGCCCAGUUUGCUAUGGCCCAGCAAGAGGUGCUGCAUCAGCAGACCAAGGUUGCAUUGGAAAAACGGUCUGCCGAGCUAGAGUCUCAGAUCAAAGUCUACCUUCUUCGGUUGACGGAGAUGCUGGACGAACGGGCUUCAUUGGAACGUGUCCUGACGGACGAGAGGAACUCAGUCAUGACGAUGGCUGCUGAUUUUUUCAAAGAGAACCUCGUCCUUAAGGUCAAGAACCAAGCCCUUCGUACUGAGGUGGCCGAGACCAUUGCUGGCGCCAAAGAGGCUAUGAACACCGUCAUAGAUACCUCAAAGGAAUGGGCUUGCAAGCUUUUGGCAUGA